GAAGUGAUCUAUCCGUUCGCGGGUGCGAUUGAUACGCCUUUGAAAGCUCCGGAGAGUAUGGUUUGCAUCAUGAUGAACUCCAAACCGGAUUGGGUCCGCCUUCCAGAAGGGGAGAAGGAGAUUUAUGAGCAAUACGGACCGCUGUCUGUGGAGGAAUGGCACAAGAAGCAUAACUUGUAUUGA